AUGGUACCUCGAGUGAUGAAGGCUGCUGUGGUUCCCUUGAUUGGCGUGUGCCUUAUUGUGCUGCCAGUGCUCGUGUUCACGUUUCCUGCAGAGUCCAGCAAUGCUGAAGUGCUGGUCGUGGCGAACAACGCAACGGAGGAAGCAAAGCAAAGCUUCGAGCGACACCUAGGCAUGCUUGCUGCACACACUCGGCAAGCAGGUUCCCCAGGUGGUGUAUCAGGCCCGACUCUGAUGCAAACCCUCGUCAACAUCGCGGCGCCCAAGUUUUUCGACGAGCUGUUCCGCCGCAUGAUCCCCGCGUUUUUCGACGCCGCCACCACCGCCGUCAAGGGCGCCAUGUCCAUGGGCAAGAACCUCACAGACACCCUGGGUAACUUCGACGAGAAGUACAUUGUGGCACACCUGGACCUCAUGGACGGAAUUGGGGAUGAGGAACUGGAACAGCAGGACCUUCUGGAAGACGACGUUUCCUUCAGGGACGCCGUUUUCCGAGCCCUGGACGCCGCCGCAGUCGAGCAGUCUGUGUAG